AUGACCCAAGCGCCUGGCGUCUGCGGCGCUUCGCAAUCACUUUGUACCACAUCCUUUGAUUUGAAUUGCCUACCUAGGUAUCAAGCAUCUACUCUGUAUUCUUCUACGAUAUUUUUCUCUCCUUCUUUUCUCCUCAAUUUCACCUCUUACACCUCAAUCGUAUCCACCCAGCCACAUUCACGCUACAAGAUGGGCCCAAAGGUCACUCCAGUUGAAAGUGAUCAGCCUGUACACAGCAAUAUCUUUCUUGGUCACUUCCCGUUGGCCAAGUAA